AUGGCCGACGAACCGAGCCCCUCGCCUCCUCCCCCUGCCGCGGACGCGUCCGCCAGCAGUGCUCUCCCGAGCAAGAAAACCCCAAAAAGCCAGCUCUCCAAGGGCAUGGAGCACAUCCGCUACGCCGUGACCGUCGAUCCGGCUGCCUCGCCGCAGCCUUCGACCUACGGCGUGCCGAAUUCGGUCAUCGAACCCGUCCGCAAGCCCGCCUCCUCGCGCUCGCACGACCCGGCCAACAACCAGAAGCGCAGCGACCCAUUCCAGUUUGGGUCGCGCUACCUGGAGGAGGGCGACGACAUCUUCGAGUUCAACGCCUGGGACCACGUCGAGGUCGAUGACGCCUACAAAGAAUUCGCCGAGUGCCAGUACUCGCAGCAGCGCGAGAACCCCGUCUCCGACUUUGACAAGCGCCGCUUCAACAUGGACCCGGCCAAGUGGUGGAACCUGUUUUACAAGAACAACCAGAGCAAUUUCUUCAAGAACAGAAAGUGGCUUUUCCAGGAGUUCCCCGUGCUCGAGGCAUUGACGAGGGCCGACAGCCCGCCGACCCUCAUGCUGGAAACCGGCGCCGGCGCCGGAAACACGGCCUUUCCCAUCUUGAAGCUGAACGAGAACCCCAACUUCAAGAUCCACGCCUGCGACUUCUCCAAGACUGCGGUCGACGUCAUGAGGAAGAACGAAGCCUACGAUGAUGGGGUGAAGAUCCAGGCCGACGUAUGGGACGUUGCUGGCGAAGGAGAGCAGAGCUUGCCCCCGGGCAUCCAGGAAGGAACUGUUGACGUGGUCCUCAUGGUCUUCAUCUUUUCCGCCCUUGCUCCUUCGCAGUGGGCGCAGGCGGUACGGAACAUCUACCGCGUCCUCAAGCCCGGUGGAUACGUGCUCUUCCGCGACUAUGGCCGUGGCGACCUGGCCCAGGUGCGCUUCAAGAAGGGCCGGUAUCUGGAUGAAAAUUUCUACGUCAGGGGAGAUGGUACUCGAGUGUACUUUUUCGAGAAGGAGGAGCUGCAGCAGGUCUGGGGCGGCAAACUCAAGACGCUCCUUGCAACAAGGCAAGCCAACGGCGGCGACGCUACGGAGCAGUUGGAGAAGCUGGAGCUCAACGAUCAAGCCGAGGAGGCAGCCGCUGUCGAGGAUGUCCCGGUGUUCGACAUCGAAUCUAUCGGCGUGGAUCGCCGCAUGCUCGUCAACCGCCAACGCAGGCUCAAGAUGUACAGGUGCUGGAUGCAGGCAGUCUAUCGCAAACCCGGAGGCAGCACGCCGACAAUCCUCCGGCAACCUGUGAAGCCUGACGCGGGAGAGGAUGUCGAAUCUGCGACAACUGCAUAG